AUGUCGGUCUGCUACGGUCCCCCGGGGAACGAGACGCUGCUGAGCUGGAAGACCUCGCGGGUCACAGGCACGGCCUUCCUGCUGCUGGCGGCGCUGCUGGGGCUGCCUGGCAACGGCUUCGUGGUGUGGAGCUUAGCGGGCUGGCGGCCCGCACGGGGGCGACCGCUGGCGGCCACGCUCGUGCUGCACCUGGCGCUGGCCGACGGCUCGGUGCUGCUGCUCACGCCGCUCUUCGUGACCUUCCUGACCCGGCAGGCCUGGCCGCUGGGCCAGGCGGGCUGCAAGGCCGUGUACUACGUGUGCGCGCUCAGCAUGUACGCCAGCGUGCUGCUCACCGGCCUGCUCAGCCUGCAGCGCUGCCUCGCCGUCACCCGCCCCUUCCUGGCGCCCCGGCUGCGCAGCCCGGCCCUGGCCCGCCGCCUGCUGCUGGCCGUCUGGCUGGCCGCCCUGGUGCUCGCCAGCCCGGCCGCCGUCUACCGCCACCUCUGGGCGGACCGCGUGUGCCAGCUGUGCCACCCGUCGCCCGCCCACGCCGCCGCCCACCUGAGCCUGGAGACCCUGACCGCCUUCGUGCUGCCCUUCGGGCUGGUGCUCGGCUGCUACGGCGUGACGCUGGCGCGGCUGCGGGGCACCCGCUGGGGCGCCAGGCGGCACGGGGCGCGGGUGGGCCGGCUGGUGGGCGCCAUCGUGCUGGCCUUCGGCUUGCUCUGGGCCCCCUACCACGCUGUCAACGUGCUGCAGGCGCUCGCCGCGCUGGCUCCGCCCGAAGGAGCCUUGGCGAGGCUGGGCGGGGCGAGCCAGGCGGCGCGAGCCGGAACCACGGCUCUGGCCUUCUUCAGCUCCAGCGUCAACCCGCUGCUCUACCUCUUCACCUCCGGGGAUCUACUGACCCGGGCGGGUCCCCGCUUCCUCACGCGGCUCUUUGAGGGCUCCGGAGAGGCCCGAGGGGUCGGCCACUCUAGGGAGGGGACCGUGGAGCUCCGAGCUACCCCUCGGCUCAAAGUGCUGGGGCAGGGCCGUGGCAAUGGAGACCCCGGGGGCGGGGCGGAGAAGGACAGUCAGGGAUGAGACCCUUGACGUCAAACCCUACAACCGGGCCUGCUCUUCCCUAUCCCCUUCCAUCGCCUUCCAGAACUCAGGGAACCACUCUGGACGGUU